CUCCUUUCUUCCCCUCUUCAACAUGUCCACUGAGCCGUCCAUAUACUCGGCUUCAGGUGAACACGAGUCGCGCUCCCCCAUCGACUUUCCCGCCCGCGAAACUCGUACCCGACGGUCGCGUCGCAGAAACCCCGACGAACUCGACAUCGACCGUAAAGAACCCCCCAAACCCGUCAAAGCGAAAGAACGAGAGAAGGAGAAGGAAAAGGAAAAGGAAAAGGAAAGAGAACAGGAACCGGAGAGAGAGACCAAACGGGGCAGUCGUCGCCAGCGAGAGAAGUCCACGUCGACGCCGACCAAUCCGUCCUAUUUCACCGCGCCUCACGCUCGCAAGAAGCCCAAGUUGGAGGCUUCCACCCCCGAUCAGAGUCCCCAGCUGGCUCCUUCGCCAAUCCUCGUCCCUGCGACGAGUGCUCCCUCCGUUCCCCCGGCGGCUGCUGCAGUCUUAGCUGCAGCUCCAGUGCCAGCCCCGACGCCCGCCCCAAGCACUCCCAUAGCCAGUCCCCGGGCAUCUCGAAUCGAUCCUCAACCCAUCCUACAGCAGGGUCCGGCUCGUCUGAUCAACCUGUCGUCCCAUCCGACACCGCCACCCGUGGCUCCGGCCCUCCUCGCCUCCUCGUAUCCGACCAUGAUGCCAUCCGCGCCUCCUCCGCGGCCGCAGUCCCAGCCGCCCGCCCCCCCGCCGCAAAGGACCAGCGGCCAGAACUUCGAUCCCAUUCGGUCUGCCUUUGAUACGGCAUCUCCAGCGCAAGCCCCGGCCCCAGUUCCGGCCCCAGUUCCGGCCCCGGCUCCGAUCUCCGCCUCCUUCAGUCCUCCAACGCGCCCUCUCUCUCCGCGUCCGACCUUCCGUGCCAGUGCCUCUCCGGCCAUUGCCAGUAUCAUUGAUCCUCCCACAACCUCAUCGCCGCCGAUCUAUGCUCCCCGUCCGUAUGGAUCUCCGAUUCACGGCGCGUCCAGCUACUCCCCAUCCCCCGUGGGGGCACAAAUCGCUCCCACACCGCCGCCACCACAACCACAGCCCAUACCCCAACAUCAGCCUCGACCGGUUUCACCCUAUGCCCUUCGGUCUCCGUAUGCGCCCAUCCCACAACCGCAUCCCAUCCAAGAACCGCCGCCUCAAGCGCCGCCCCAACCUCCUCAAGCUUCUCCUCAAGCUGCGCCUCAAGCUCCGUCCCAAGCUCCGCCCCAAGCUCCGUCUCAAGCUCUGCCUCAAGCUCCGUCUCAAGCUCUGCCUCAAGCUCCGGCGCCACAGCCCCUUCCUGCGCUUCCCCCUCCGGCCCCCGAGCCGUUGACCCCAGCGCCCUCGAAUAACCGACCGCCCUCGCCUGGUCCGACGCCUAUGGACAUCGAGCCAGACCCACCGGCACCCUCGACAGUGUCCAAGGUGAUCAAGAAGGAUAAGGAUAUAAAAACCCCCUCGGCAGCAGCGACGCCGAAGGCUCCGUCUCCCAAGCCGCCUCGGGCGGCGAAAGAGACCCCUCAGCUACCCCAGGGCUCGGGAUUGAUAUCCAAUGCGCUCUUCGGCGUCGAUGGCGGGGCGUCUACAGGCGACUCGGACAACCGCCGCGUGCCUAGCAUUGUCCUGCAUGUCCCGCUCCAGGGCACCGGGAAUCAGAUCAUCAACUUCGCCCGCUUGGCUGAGGAACAAUAUGGCUUUGCCGCGUUGCAUCCUCGCCUCGCAGCACACAAGGAGCGGCUGGCGCGUGUUGCGGCGGCCGGGGCUCUCCUGGAACGAAACGACAAGCCUGGUGGCCGUGGGCUCUCCGCGGGGGAAAGUGCCGAUGAGGAUCUCAGUCUGGAGAUGGAUCGUGACAGCGACUUGGAGGGCGAGGGAGCGAUGGGAGGCGCAGCACGCCCCAAUGGCGCUGAGUCGGAGGGGAAGAAGAAGCGCCGCAAGAAGAAAAUGGAGGAGUAUGACCGGGAUGAUCCGUUUGUGGACGACAGUGAGUUGGCCUGGCAGGAACAGGCGGCCGCCAGUAAGGAUGGAUUCUUCGUCUACAGUGGGCCGCUGGUGGCGGAUGGCGAGAAGAUCCAGGUUGAACGGGCCGAUGGGACGAUCAAACGUGGCCGUGGCCGCGGACGUGGUGGUCGGGGUCGAGGGCCUUCGUCGCAUCAGCAGAUGGCGUUGGCCUCGGCUGUCCCGAUCUCGCAGGAGACCGGCUUGCCCGUGCGAGGGCCAGGCUCACGAGGAGGCAGCACCACUCGUCGACCGCGCAUCAGCAAGGCCGCCCGUCAGCAGGCCGAGCAGGACAAAGCCGGCCAUUCGCCCGCAACCUCGCACGGCCGUGGCGGUGGUGCGGCCGGUCGAGGAGGCAGCAACAGCACUCGCGGAGCCAAGAAUCCCAUGGUCGAACUGGCUCCACGCCCUAACCUGGCGCCUGCUCCCCCGGCCCCCAAUCCUGUGGGUGGAUCAGAGAUCGCCAUGAAGUAGGACUGUUCUCCAAGCAUACGAUGGAUCACGACCUCCUUCUCCUCCUCCUCUUCUUCUUCUUCCUCUUCCUCUCCCUCUCUUACGACGGUACCGCGUUCGGUGCCCAUUCAUCGGUUUCAUGUGUUUCUUUCGUCCGUUGGCGUUGUCAGGUCCGGGUUACAACAGGGGGAAUGAUGAAAGGGCAUUCGUAGAAUGAUUAAGUCGGAUGUAGGGCCAGUGUUUGUGCCAUAGUGUCAUGGCUCCUAUCUCAUUUUAUUAUUAUUAUUAUUAUCUUUUUUUUUUUUUUUU